AUGAGAGGGAUCGUUGACAUCAAAUUAGAGAUCUACCAACAUGAUGUCCGAAAUCUAGACAUUCAUCCACGAAGCGUGAUAGUGCAAAAUAUUGAUUCUACUAGUCCAGAUAUUGUUAUCGUCGACUUCGGCGUUAGUGUCAUCGGUAGAUCUUAUAAUCCUGAAGGGGGCUUGGAGGGAGCAGGCGAAAUUACCAGGGACAUAUAUAAGCCCACGUGUUCGUUCGGGGAUGAAAAACGAGAGACACCAUUUCCUUUUGGACUUCAAAGAGUGGAUCACUUGGAACUGGAACGCCUGGCUAGUAGCUACAGCGCGAGUUGUUCCAACAACAUAUGUAUGGCCUCUGGGAUGUGGAUACAUUUUGUACCACACCACUGCAAUAGCGAAUGA